UUUCCUGUGGCGCUCUCGGGGAGGGCAAGGCUGCUGUGGCGUCGGCGCGGGAGAAGGAGGCUGCAGCCGCCGCCUUCUUGGACUCGCAAUCGGGAGGCCUUGUGGGAUCUGUAGUCCCGCCGCCUCGGGCCCGCCGGGGGAAGGAGGAGGAGGCGGAGGAGGAGGAGGCAGGCACACCGCGCAGACCAUGCCCGGGUUCACGUGCUGCGUGCCAGGCUGCUACAACAACUCGCACCGGGACAAGGCGCUCCACUUCUACACCUUCCCGAAGGACGCCGAGCUGCGUCGCCUCUGGCUGAAGAACGUCUCCCGCGCCGGCGUCAGCGGCUGCUUCAGCACUUUCCAGCCCACCACGGGCCACCGCGUCUGCUCCGAGCACUUCCCCGGCGGGCGCAAGUCCUACCUGGUGCGCGUCCCCACCAUCUUCCCCUUGCGGGGGGUCAACGAGCGCAAAGGGGCCCGCGGGCCCAAGAGACCCCGGCACGCCCCCGCCGCCGCCCAAGCUGCUGCCCAGGCGGCCGCCCAAGUCGCCGCUCAAGCCGCCGCCGCAGCCCAAGCCGCGGUGCUGCUGACUUUGCAAGAGGGGGCGGCUGGCCAGCCUGGCCAGGGCCUCAUCAGGGCAGCCGGAGAAGGAGGAGGUGGCCCUGGGGGCCCCGGCGGUCUCCCCGGGGAGGAUGUCAAGCCUAUGGACUUGACGGUGCAGGUGGAACUCGGGGGUCCCGGGGCCAUCGUGGGGGCUCCAGUCCACCUGGCUUUCCUGGCCGACAACGGGCCGUUGGUGGAGAGUCCCCCAGACCAUUCCUAUUCACUGUCCUCGGGCACCACGUCGGAGGAGCUGCUGCGCAAGCUGAACGAGCAACGGGACAUCAUCGCCCUGCUGGAAGUCAAGAUGAAGGAGAUGAAGGGCAGCAUCCGGCGACUCCGCCUGGCCGAAUCCCAGUUGCGGGAGGAGAUCAGGGAGAAGGACCGCUUGCUGCAUGCCGCCAGCAUGGCUGGGGGGGCACGCAAGCGCCACGGCCUCUGAGGCGCUACAGCCUGCCGGGUUCCGAAUAUGCCUGGACGGGGGUGAUCUUGACGGGAAGGUGGGCAGGGAUCUUGCAUCAAAAAGACUUGCAGAGGGGGAAAGCAGUUGUCAAGACAAAUGGUGCUCCAGGCGGCUGCCCGAAUGACAUUUUUCGCCCCGGUUAGGCAGCUCUGCUCUGCCACAGGGGAAGUGACCAGUUUUGAGCCACUGGUUCUCUGCUUCCGAAGCCCAGGCUUCUUUGUGCGAGCUGGCCCGGAUUUAAUUCACGGGACCUCAACAUGUGUCCUUAACAUUUAUCCCACCGAGAGACUUGCUGCGAUACAUCUGCAAAAGAUGGCCUGGGAUUCUGGUCACUGGCUUCUACUCCUCGCAUUAAAUACUGUCCUGACCAUAGUGGCAAGUCGGUGUAGCUGCUGUGGUACUCUGGAUGAUGCUGAUUCAGUUGGAACGAGUCCCUUUUUAGCAUUGCCCUCGUGAAGCUAAACUCUUAGCGUCUUAACACCUGCAGUCAAAUGUUGUACAAAGCUAAUUUUGAGGAAAGAGUCAGUUACUUUCUAGACAGGCACACCUGGAUUGUAAUCGUUCAUAUUGGAGGAAAUGAAGACAACCAAGGCACACUGUCACAGCAUUGUACCAGGAUAAUUCUGCGGGAAAUGUCAUGUUAAAAAAAUCACAGCCAUCAGUGCAUUUAUCUUUUCUUUUUAUGAAAGGGAGUUGUAGGCAUUUCUUCUCCCCCUGCCCCCCCAGAACCUUUUGAUGCAGAGUGUGCCAUUUUUAUUGUCAAAACAAAUCCUUAAUAUUUAAAAGAGGAUAUCAGGAGGAUGUUUGUUAUCUCCAUAUUGCCGUUGGGAGUUACUGUUUUGCUUCUAUUCCUCUUUCAGCUGACAAAGUUAUUGCGGCUUUCCUGACAUUUCAUGAAUCCAUGUUCUGGGCAUUUAAAAUUGCUUGUUUCAGUUUUCAACAAAUGUAUUUAUUUUCCCUUGGAAAAUCUGUGAGGACAGUAGCCUUCCUUUAUAUUUUUCCAGGUUAUAGUCUCCGUAGCAUAAGAGCAAUGGGGUUAACCUCCCACAAUUAUGCAUACUUUACUUCUGAAUCCACUAUAUUUCCUCAAGUCUUGAAAAAAAAAUGACAUGCACAUUGAAAACUGAGCGUGAGAGGAAUGGGUGCAGAGUUCAAGUCCUAAGCAGUUUUUUUUCACUAUGACAUUAUCCAGAACCCACUAGUGGUUCGGUUGUAGACUGAUACAACUUUAUUUGGGGAAGUCAGUGGUUAGCUUAUAUCUUUGUAAAACUGUUGCCAUUUGUCUUAAAAGAAGUGUGAGGAGGAAGGACUUAAUUUUUGCCAUGAAAUGUUAAUUUUUUUUGCAUCCAUUCACCUACGGUAGAUACGUAGUGCCACUCUUUGGAAUAUAUUUCGAAUACUUACCAUCACAUUGUUUUCUCAGCUCUUUAGGAGAUAUCAAUUUUUUGUUUAAAUUAAAAGGAAGGAAACAUUAAAACAUAGGGUGAGGGUGUUAUAUUUUCCUAAGUUGUCACUUUUUUGCGUCAUCUUAUUAAUAAGCACAUUGACUUUUGUGUUACCAGGCUUAAAUGUUUCUUUUGUCGGAGUUGCUGUGACUUGAUGACAUUGAUGAGGAACAGAAUGGCCAGCUGUCCAUUUUUUUUAAUUUGGUUACAGUAUUUUUUUUCC